AUUCUCGGCAAUUCUCAUCAUUCUCAGCGGUAGGUGUUAUAUAACAAUUACUAUGGUUGUUGAAAUACUGAAUAUAAAUGAGGUUUGCUUGCAAAAUCCGCGCAGGCAAAGCCGCGAGUAACAGCUAGUACUAAAUAAGGAAAUAAUAACAAGUAUACCACACUCCAAUAAUUUUAAACAACAACUGAAAAUUGUAAUUAGCUACUUUUGCAACAGUUUUGCUUAAUUAGAUGUUUUGAAAUGGUUGAUUUUGCAACUAGCUACUUCUGCUAGAUGCAAAUAAUAAAACAAAUUUGUACAAAAUAUUCAAGGUAUUAAAGGUUUUUUUAAGGUUGAAGUUUCUAGUGUAGAGAGUCCAUUCAAAAGCUUAAAUUCUUAGUUCUUUUAAUUUUUUGAGAAGGAUAGUAGUGGUUAUUUAUUUUCUUUUAGGGAGACAGAAGAGGAAACAACCAGUUAAUAGUAGUAGCGAAAGUGAUAGUAGUGGAGAAGAGAAAUUGAAGCAGAAUGUUGGCAUUUGCACAACUGCACCUAUUGCUGUUUUAAGUGCAUCUUCACUACCAUCUGAUUCUGGUGCACAGGAUCAAACGUAUUUUGAUAAUGAUGUGGAUAAUGAUGGCUUGGACAUUCGUUUAGUAUGACCACAUCCCAAAAAAUGGAAGUUUUAAAAAACUGUUGGUCACAAACUCCAAGUUACGACUUUGCUAAGGAUGCUAUGCAAUUAAAAUGAAAAUUCAAAUACAGCUGUUGGCAGAUUAUGCUCCUGGCAUAUUCCAAGAAAUUAAAGGACGCAUUGUGCAUUUACUGUGUGUUGUUUCCACCAACUAAUGUGCAUGGUGUUUUGGGUUCUUUCAUAGUGAGACCCUUUACUCGCUAUAAGGACAUGCACGAAUUUGUGAAAUCUCACACAUCACUGCAGUGGUACAAAUUGGCCGCCACAGCAGCAAAAUGUUUUGUUGAAAAUAUACUCAUUGAUAUACAGCUGAUUUCUGUCCACCAACAAGAAAAUUGUUGCAUCAAUAAUUUUGACUGUGAUGUUUUGUGAUACACAUAACCUAUCUUUGAGGAGCAAAGAACAUCAUGAAGGUGUUUUUGAAGACUUGAUCAAACUCAAAAUUGAUGCUGGUGACCACAUUUUAAAACAGCAUAUAGAAAAGGGAGCAAAAAAUGCCACUUAUAUGUCACCACAGAUUCAAAAUGAAAUAAUCAGCCUAUGUGGUGACAUCAUUAGAGACGACAUCACUACUGAUGUAAAGAAAGCAUGUACUUACAAUAUCCUGACAGACGAGAGCAGUGACAUAUCAGGAAAAGAGCAACUUUCCAUUCACAGGGUUAGAUUUUUUGACGAAGAAAAGAUGAUUGUUCGUGAGGAAUUUCUAGGUUUUGUAGAGUUGACUGACAUGGAUGCAAAAUCUGUAACAUCUUCAAUUAACAACUUUGUAGAAAAGGUAUGCCUUGAUCCAGAAAAGUGCAUCUGA